AUAGACCCCUGGGCUCUUAUUUCCAGCACAACUCUAUAUCAAGCAAUAGAAUCGAAUAUAUCUUCCCUGGUCCUCCUAAGUCACGGCGAUUAAACAUCAUUUUUCGAGAGAUAAGAAGAGAGAAAUGGGAAGCAUCGACGUCGCAGAGAUGGGUUCAGGGAAGAAAGCAAGCCCAGGGAAAGCAACUAUCUUGGCUCUUGGAAAGGCAUUCCCUCACCAGCUCGUGAUGCAGGAAUAUUUGGUCGAUGGCUACUUCAAGACCACAAACUGUGAUGACCCUGAACUCAAACAGAAGCUUGCACGUCUCUGCAAGACAACGACCGUGAAGACAAGGUAUGUCGUGAUGUCAGAGGAGAUCCUUAGGAAGUAUCCAGAACUCACUAUCGAAGGCCAACCCACCGUGAAGCAGCGUCUCGACAUCUGCAACGAUGCUGUGACGGAAAUGGCAGUGGAAGCUUCAAGAACCUGCAUCAAUAACUGGGGGAGACCGGCUUCUGACAUAACUCAUGUUGUCUACGUCUCAUCCAGCGAAGCUCGUCUUCCCGGAGGCGACCUGUACUUGGCCAAAGGGCUUGGCCUGAGCCCUGACACACACCGUGUCUUGCUCUACUUCAUAGGCUGCUCGGGCGGGGUCGCGGGUCUCCGUGUGGCUAAAGACAUCGCCGAGAACAAUCCUGGAAGCAGAGUUCUUUUGGCAACGGCUGAGACAACGAUCAUUGGGUUCAAGCCACCGAGCGCAGAGAGACCAUACGACCUUGUAGGGGUUGCUCUGUUUGGUGAUGGAGCCGGAGCCAUGAUCAUUGGAUCUGACCCGGACCCGGUUCAUGAGAAGCCUCUGUUUGAGCUUCACACAGCAAUUCAGAACUUCUUACCCGAGACGGAGAAGACGAUAGUGGGGAGGCUAACAGAAGAAGGAAUAAACUUCAAGCUAGCGAGGGAGCUUCCCCAGAUAAUAGAAGACAACGUAGAAAACUUCUGCAGCAAAUUAAUGAAAGUAGCAGGGUUAACACCAGACGACUACAACCAGAUGUUCUGGGCGGUUCACCCGGGUGGACCAGCGAUACUGAACCGCAUGGAGAAGCGGUUAGAUCUAUCGCCCGAGAAGCUGAGCCCUAGCCGCCGAGCUCUCAUGGACUAUGGCAACGCAAGUAGCAAUUCCAUUGUGUAUGUGUUGGAGUAUCUGUUGGAGGAGAGUCGAAAGGCCAAGAAUGAGGACGAAAGGGGUGAGGAAUGGGGUUUGAUCCUUGCUUUCGGACCAGGUGUUACCUUUGAAGGGAUCCUCGCUCGGAAUCUCGCUGUCUGAACCCAGAAAAAAAAAAGACACACUUGUUGGAUUUGGUUCUGUCUCUGAAGUUGUUUCCUUUUGAGGCCUAAAGCCUAACUUGCAACUUAAGGAAAAACAUCCUCUUCUGUUGAGUCUUAUAUUAUGACA